AUGGCUCAAACCUUUGCUAUACCAUGUACUAUUCCUGAUGUGGCGCAAUACUCACACCUCCGUUUUGACGGUGAUGGAGUAUCCGACUGGAUCGAACAAGUCGCUCGUAUUUUCGACAGGGCUGGACUCAGUGAUGCUCAAAGAAUUGCCGAAAUCCAAUACUGGACCAAGGACAAGACGCACCAGAAAAGGGUGGAGGCUGCGAUCGAUCAACUUGACAGUUGGAGCGCCGGGUUAACGGCUCUGAAAAAUACCUUCGCAAUCGGAGACCCCAGACAACUCAGAAGCGCUUAUGAUAGCCUCAAAGAGCUCGAAAACCAGCCCCCGCGGUCAAACCCGUCGAAAAUCUACACGUACUGUCUUGAUCAUCAGAUUCGAGUUAGUGAGACGAAGGGUACUGCUCGAGUCCCAAGUGACCUUGACUGCACUCGAGGCUUGUUUGAGGGAAUCCACAGCCACAGCCUCGAGGACAUCUUAAGCAAAGCCAAAAUGACGUACGAAGGGAUCUUUAAGAUGGAGUACCGCUUGGCCCAGGAAUUGGUCCGAGGAUGGGCGAAAACUAAGAUUAGCUUGUACAACCACAUGAAACGAGGAGAGGGGAGCUUGUUCUCUGAUCAGGGAGGAAGAAGAAGUCCUGAGUACUUUGCGUCUGCCGUUUCGGAGAGAGCUACCGAAAUAGGGGUACCAGCUGCUCACACGGUCCAAGAAUCGCAACAACAGAGAGCUCCACGUUUCAAUCAGCCAGAUGUGGAUGCCCUCACAGAGAAGAUCCGAGCCUUAGAAAUACGAUUAAACCAAGUAGGUCCGUCUGAUCAGAGACACCAGAUGGACGACUUGAGAACUGCAUAUCAACCGCAGCAGCCUUGGGGUUAUCAGCCACCUGCGUGGCAAAGCGAAGCCCAGCACAGCAAUCAUCAGCACCAGGCUCAAGUACCAACCUCGAUUGAGAGAAAAGCCAAAGGAGAAGGCAAGCCUAUUCUAAAGGAAGUGUGCGACUGGGUUAUAUCGAAUAACCUUGAUCCAAAACUGAAAGAACUUGCGGCUUACUACCUCAGGCGGGAUUACAACCAUGCGUCAAGUGGACCUACUAUGGGCGCCACUCCUCCAUCUCAGAAUCGUUAUCAGCCCCAGCCUGCCCUGGCUCGACCUCCCACUCCAGCUGCAGUACCAUCAGCGGGUGUGAACGUGAAUUCGAUACUCGGCCCUGAAGGAGAAGAAUUCUUUCCCGAAAAGCCCGUGAGAGACUACGCAUGGGAACCUUUGGCCCGACCAGUUGACAGACCUGUCACAGAAAUCCUUACCGGAUCAAUCAUCGAGGAACUAGGAGACGUUGGUGAAACCGAGGUUGCACUUGCGGAAAAACGUCGAGGAACUGGGCUGCUACCUAGGCAUACGAAGAGAGCUAAAAGAGCGUUCUUUUCUGAGGACCCUGAAGCUGAACAUACGCCAGGCAAUACGUCAAGCAAUUCGUCUGAUCAGACUGUUACGGAUGAUUCCUCGCCCACUGAGUCAAUUUCAGAGCCUAUCAAGCCUUCCGCUACUGAAAGAGGCGCUACUGAAAGAGGCACUACUGAAGGGACUCUGAAUUCAACUGCUGUGGAAUUCUGGACCGACAAAGUCAGCGAGAAUUUGAAGACAAACUUCAAGAUCACUUGGGAGGACUGUUGCAAGUUCUGCCCCGAAUUCGUCGAAGGAAUGAAGCGAGCCACGGCUGCGAAGGGGAGGAAGCGCAGGCCCCAGAACCACCAGGCGUCAACACCCAUAAUGCGCUAG